AUGUCAGAGGAAUCUAUUUCUACUCCACAAUCGGGGAGGAGACCCCGUCUUGGAUUGGCCCGCCGUGCUUGUCACUCUACACCACUUUUGCGACUUCAAAAAGAGGAAACCGAUAAUAAAACACCCACUGGGAGUCUUCAAAAUGAUACACCAAAGACAUUUCCAUUGUCUAUGAGCGUUCGUCGGGUGGGAUUGUCAAAAAAUAGGACAGAGUUGAGCAAAAAGAAGUUGGAGUUUGCUGCCAUGCAUGAUAUAAAGGUGCUGGAAGGAUCAAUUUCCGAAGAGAAAGAAAAGACGCCUCCGAAAUUGGAAGCAAAGAAACCUGAAAGAACCAAAAGGAAACUUAGAGAGGAAUCUAAGAAGACAAACAACGAGGAAAAGGAGUCUGAGCAGGAGGUGGUACCCUCUAAGACAGCAGAAGAUCAACCGAAGAGCAGCAAAAUCUUAGAACUGCAGGGAGACAUUGAAAUCUGGCGCAAGGGAUUCAUUGCCUCAAUGGAGGAUCUGCAGUCGAUGGUGGACCCUAAACCGACAAAAAGUGAUCUGUUAAUGCAACUUGGGAUUCCCCUUGAAAUGAUGCGCUACUUGGAGGAUGAAUAAUCGUUGCGUUACUUAUACACUGCAACUUUAAGAAUCUGUUAAUUAUAAUUUCAAUUAAUAUAACACGGAAAACUCAAACUUAAA